AUGUUUUUACUGAUGUAUUGGAUGUUCAGAUUUUCACUUUCGGGUCACUUUGCGAUUGCUCAGAGUUUGUUGAUAUUGCUUCAGCGGGUAUUCGUGUUGCUCCUAAUUUCUUCGACAUCCAUUUAUCAUCUCGAUAUUUUUGCUUACGCACAGCGAAACGCCCUAUAUUUCACAUUCGGAUUAAGAAGAAGUGCCGGCUCGGAGCGUUGUCAAAUCAAAUUUUGUCUCCAGCAAGCACAAAUAAAAAGCCUGCCAUGACUGAAGGUCGAUUUGCACUAUGUGGAU